GUUCAAGGACCACAUUUUAAACUGAAAUUCGUCGGAUCUCCGGGUUUUCAAUUGCCGGUCUUUCUCAGUCCCCCACCACCUAUCGGCGAUGAACAGUAUUGCCAAACCCCCAGCUCCUCCGAAAGUCGCAAAGGAGAAAUCCACAGCUAAACGCUUGAUUGUGGUUCUCCAGCAAGCGUCACUGGAAACAGUCAAGUUGGGCAAAGGAAAGGAAGGCCACUAUGCUCUUCUAAACUGUGACGAUCACCACCACCUCCUCAAGAAGCACGGCAAAGAUGUGUCGGAGUCGCGGCCUGACAUUACCCACCAGUGUCUCCUAACAUUACUCGACAGUCCUCUGAACAAGGCGGGAUUGCUGCAAGUAUACAUCCAUACAACGAAAAACGUUUUGAUAGAAGUGAACCCACAUGUGCGAAUACCGAGGACAUUCAAGCGCUUUUGUGGAUUGAUGGUGCAACUUCUUCACAAACUGAGCAUCAGAUCGGUGAACGGGCCUGAGAAGCUUCUCAAAGUUAUCAAAAAUCCUAUUACAGACCAUUUACCACCCAAUUGCAGAAAAAUAACCAUGUCGUCCGAAGUUCAAGCUGUCCGACUAAAUUCAUACGUGGCAACCUUACCAUCCGAUGAACCCGUCGUCUACUUCAUUGGCGCAAUGGCUCAUGGUCCGGAUAACUGGGUGGAUGACAUCGUGGACGAUAAGAUAUCAAUAUCCGAGUAUCCUCUUUCUGCGUCGGUCACAUGCGGAAAACUUACAUGUGCAUACGAGGAAAUGUGGAAUGUAUUGUAGAAUGGUCAAGCUUGAUAGUGGGGCUAGAUUUGGAUUUAUAUUUAAAUAAGCGAAAUGCGCAUUAUGUACAUAGUGUGGGAGCCAUUGUUUGGGCACUGGUUGCUACCAUCUGCAGCCAUAAUAGCAAUAAUAAACGACAAGGCAAUUGAAAAAGAAGAA